AUGGCUGUCAAUAUCCCACCGGAGCUGUGGCUCAAAAUCAUCUCAUAUCUUACAUACGAAGACGUUCACUUCCGGCUCAUCAAUGUCAACAAAUUCCUCCACCGGCUUAUCGGGGGUUUUACCAUCCACCGGCUUCCGCUAGCUUUAUGGGAGCAGGUGUUUACUCAUCUCGACUAUUUUACCCUUCUCAAUGUAGCUGCCAGCUGCAGAUUGUUCCGAGGAUGCGUCAAAUAUUCCAAAUCGAACGAAAUUAAGGCAGCUACUUUUCGAGAACAACUACUUCUUAAAAAUCCGCUGCCAUCAGACACCAAGUUCAAGCUUCAUCCAGCGUUCAAGUGCCUACGAAUAGGUGGCAGACCUUCUAGAGCGCUCCUACGAAUCAAUAUCCGCGAUCUAGAGAAUCCUGAUGUCGAAACUGCUUCCCUACGGAGUUUGGAUAUUGAUAACCACCCUAUUAUGUCAGAAAACAUUACAUCACCGCCAGUUCAAUUAUACGAACUUGACUAUGGCCCAUCCAAGACAUUCGGGGGCGGAGCGGGUACCUUUACACAUUCACAGCCAGCUACCGUAAGGGAUGUCUUUCUUGAUGCCCAGAGAGUCACUGAUGAUUUCUGUCGCGGGGCUUAUCUUACAGCAGUCAACACUGAAUAUGUGAAAUUCAACAAUAGCCAUACCUUCUCCGAGUAUGUGGCGCUUGACUGUCACAGAAUUGUCAAAGUUGUCGAAUAUGGGGCAAUAACACUCAAGAUUGAACUUGUGGCUGACUCGUUGCUUGAGACGGUGUAUAAUAACCGCUGGGAUGACGAGGAGGAGAACGAGCGAAAUGCAGAGUUACUACUGUUGAGUAUGAUUGGAGCGUAUCCUUACAAUCACGAAGUCUAG